CGGUUUAGAGUUGGCAAUGUCUGGAGCGCGGGUCUAUGGCUGGCUGGUUAUAUUGUCUUCAAAAACACGGAGGAAUUCAGACAGGUCGCACAUUUCGUCCCCAGGUUUGCUGUAGAGAACGCGCAAAUAAAGAAAAAAGUGCGAUUGUGGCUCCGGGGGUAUUUGAGCAACGUCGCCGGUAAAAUCGAUAGGUGAGCGUUUGUUUCGCACCUCGUGAUAGAUACUCCCUACACGGCGAAACACUGCUUGUUUUCAUGACGUCAGUCACGUGACCCAGGUAGACUCGUGGCUCGUGAGUUGAAUGUGUGUUGUGAGUGAAAGGUUGGGAGAGUCUGACAGUCGGGCAGACCACGCCCCUCUCAACAGCUGGGUGUCCGUUAGUCUAACCGUGACACCGGUGCGAGCUGUGUGACAGAGACAAUCACGUCGUCGUCGACACACCGCCAGAGACAAGGGGAACGAUUGUGUCGGAUGUAGUAGCAGUUUGGUGAGGUGCCAUGAAUCAUUGAUAAUUCUCUUGGAAUAGGAUAAUCUCUGUUUUACGGCGUGCGUUAAUGGGCGAUGUCCCGAGUGCUUAACCAACAGUCCGAGCAAGCCAUGCGCGGGCCGCUUGAGAUGUGUAACGGGGUGGAGCCCCACCCCCCAAGUGUAGGGCCCCGGGGGUUAGAGCAACAUCGACCACCACAGUUCCACUCGGAGAUAAUGGGUAAAGCCGCGUCCGCCAUAGAAAGAAGACUAAAUGAUGGGGAGUUUAGGUUGACAAAUGGGAGAAAAUUGGAAUCGGAUCCGAUUUUCGCCGGGAGGAGGAAUGUGCGUGAUCCUUCCACCCUCCAAGAGCGCCAGAUCGUCAGCCCCCGGGGCACCGUCAGAGGAUACCGUAAUAGAGUGAGGGCCGGAAUCGCUACCUUCCUCGACCCCAUCAGUGAUAAGACAGAUGAUGAGGAGAGGAACUACCGUCAGCACGAGAAGGGGAAGAUUGUGAUCUACACGACGAGUAUGUGCGUGGUGCGCGACACCUGGGAGAGGUGCAAGGUGGUGCGCAACAUCCUGCAGACGCAUAUGGUGCGCUACGAGGAGCGCGACCUCUACAUGAGCCGCGACCACCAGAGGGAGCUCCAAGACAGGCUCGCUACCGACCACAUCGAUGUGCCUCACGUUUUCGCUGAUGGGCUUCACUUAGGUGAUUCAAACGAGUUCCAGACGUUGAAUGAGACAGGGGAACUGCGAGACAUCCUUGAGAACUUUCCUAAAAUUAAUGUGAGAUCUUCGUGUGGGAAGUGUGGAGGCUACAGAUUCGUUCCUUGCAGUCAUUGUCACGGGAGUAAAAAGUCACUACAUCGGAACCACUUCACGGAGGAGUUCCAUGCCCUGCGUUGCAUGCAAUGUGACGAGAGUGGCUUGCAGCGGUGUGACAUGUGCCUAGACCAACAAGAGUAGUCUCCCUUUACCUGCCCCUUCAAGGAACCAUAGUCUCACUGCGCUGGUGAUAUUGCCUGGCGACCUGCUCAAGUCAAGGAAUAUAUUGAUUUACUGGACACUGAACUUGAAACGAAUGAUGUUUAAUAAUUCAUGCAUAUCUUGUUACAUUCCAAAAUAUGUUUUAAAAUUAUUUUGGGUGUAACUUAUGUCUUUUUCUUACAUUGUAUUUAUAGGGCAAUAUAGAAUGUGGACAAGACAGCCAAAAAUAUUGUUUAUUUCAAUCAAUAACAGAAAUACCUGUCUUUGUGAGGAGAAAAUGAAGAUUUUGACAUUAUUAUGAUACGGAAGUCCUAAGAUUUAAAAGUUGAAUGUUUGUGACUAAUGUGCCUUUGAUUGUGACUGAGAAAUGUGAUGACAUGCGCUUCGCUGAUAAGGCCACACCAUGUAAUGGCUUCCCCUUUGUUUGGGGAUGCAACAGGUUACUAUAGCAACCAAAUUACCUCCCUUGCCUAAAUAUGGCUGAAAUACUUGGGGGCUAAAAUGCUUGCUAAGGAUUGUUAAAAAUGAAAUUAUGCGAUAUAUUUCACAUGUUUUUCUUAGGUUGUCAAUAAACCAGUGUUGAUAUGUUACAUUACUACAUCACAUCAUGGAUACUGACAAUAUUAAGUGUCCAUAAUCACAUGCAUUGGCCUUUUGUUGGAAAGUCAGUUUGCCUGUGAAAUAUACUGAUGAAUACUGUUCAGUUGAAAACUAUGUAGCAAACAAAUGUGUUGAAGGCUGCAUAUACUUGCCCUAUCUGAGCAAAGGAAUUCUGCUGUCUCAGUAUUAGGUCGGUUAGGGG